AUGCAAACCGGAAACACAAUAUUCGUUGGACUGGGUGCCUCCAACCAGAAUCCCCGACCAUACGGCUGGGCCCGGUCCCUGACCUCAAUCGGAUGCUUCAUCAUAGGGUCGUUUUUCUUCGCGCGUCUCAACCGCCUCCUAGGCCCCAAGAAACGUGGCACCUUAAUCCUCUCCUUUCUCCUCCAGGUCAUCAUGCUGAUUCUCACCGCUGCGCUGGUCACGGGCGGCGCGAUCGCGGGCAUCCCAGAGAACCCGUACUCAACCAGCGAGGCGGAGACGGAGUGGACGCAAGAAGUGCCCAUCGUGCUUCUGAGUAUCCAGUCGGCCGGACAGAUCGUGGCGAGUCGCGCGUUAGGGUUCAAUGAGAUCCCGACGGUCGUGAUCACCAGUCUGAUAUGUGAUAUGAUGUCUGAUCCGAAGUUGUUUCUGUUGAGGAACGAGAAGAGGGAUCGGAGGCUACUCGCGUUUGUCUUGACCCUGGUGGGUGCUAUUGCCGGGGGUUGGAUCACGAAAGGGACCGGGGACAUCUAUGCGGCGUUGUGGAUUGCUGCGGGUAUAAAGUUGGGGAUUGCUGGAGCUUGGGUGUUUUGGGGGGAUGAGGUAGUUUCGUCUUGA